CCUCCUCCCUCUUUUGCCUUUACUUUGAUGGCGCAUAUCACCAUAAACCAGUAUUUGCAGCAAGUGCAAGAAGCCAUUGACAGCAGAGAUGGACAAUUUUGUGCAGAACUGGUAUCUUUUAAGCAUCCUCAUGUUGCCAACCCUAGGCUUCAACUUCCAUCUCCAGAAGAAAAGUGUCAGCAAGUUCUGGAGCCACCCUAUGAUGAAAUGUUUGCAGCCCACUUAAGGUGUACUUACGCUGUUGGAAACCACGACUUUGUAGAAGCCUACAAAUGCCAAACAGUCAUUGUCCAAUCUUUCCUGCGUGCAUUUCAGGCACAUAAAGAAGAAAACUGGGCUUUACCUAUUAUGUAUGCUGUAGCUCUUGACCUUCGAAUUUUUGCUAAUAAUGCAGAUCAACAGCUGGUAAAGAAGGGGAAAAGCAAAGUUGGUGACAUGUUGGAAAAAGCAGCAGAAUUGCUGAUGAGCUGUUUUCGAGUCUGUGCCAGUGACACGCGAGCAGGCAUUGAAGAUUCCAAAAAGUGGGGCAUGUUGUUUCUUGUGAAUCAGCUGUUUAAAAUUUAUUUUAAGAUCAACAAGCUCCAUCUCUGUAAGCCCUUAAUUAGAGCAAUCGACAGCUCCAAUCUGAAGGAUGAGUACAGUAUGGCACAGCGAGUAACGUACAGAUACUACGUUGGACGCAAAGCAAUGUUUGACAGUGACUUUAAGCAAGCUGAGGAGUACCUGUCGUUUGCCUUUGAGCACUGUCACCGCUCAAGCCAGAAAAACAAGAGAAUGAUUUUGAUCUACCUGCUGCCUGUGAAAAUGCUAUUGGGCCAUAUGCCAACAAUUCAGCUCUUAAAAAAGUAUGACCUUAUGCAGUUUGCUGAAGUAACAAAGGCUGUGAGUGAAGGCAACCUUCUCCUGUUGAAUGAAGCCCUGACAAAGCAUGAGACCUUCUUCAUUCGAUGUGGAAUUUUUCUUAUUCUGGAAAAGCUGAAAAUCAUCACCUACAGAAAUCUCUUCAAGAAAGUAUAUUUACUACUCAAAACUCAUCAGCUGUCUCUGGAUGCCUUUCUGUUUGCCCUGAAGUUCAUGCAAGUGGAUGAUGUUGAUAUCGAUGAAGUUCAGUGCAUUUUAGCUAACCUUAUAUAUAUGGGUCAUAUUAAAGGGUAUAUAUCUCAUCAGCAUCAAAAGCUUGUGGUCAGUAAGCAAAAUCCCUUCCCUCCACUGUCAACGGUGUGUUGAGCAUUGCGUCU